GUCUAAUUUCCGUUGUCAUUUUUGUAAAUAAAGUAAUCUUGUAUAAACUCUUACAACGAGUAACAACGUUGUUUUUUUCUCUUCCCAUACAAUUUUUCGGUUAAGGAUUUGUGUUUACGGUUAGGUUUUAGUACACUGUUCAUCCAAAUCAUUUUUGGAAAAUGAUAAAAAAAAAUUUUUAUAGUACUAUUUUAUCACAAACAAUUAGUCCUUGUGAAAAGUAUCUUGUAGUUGGUGAUAUUUAUGGAACCUUGUCAAUUUUUCAUUUAUCGAAAAUCACAAAUUGUGAAACAAUUUUAACCAAAGAAGAUUUGAAACCGCGCUACCGUAUUACAGUUAAAGAAGGUUUUCAAGUGAACAGCUUAUUAACUACACAACACUAUCUUGUAGUUGGAAUUGUAGGAGAAAUUUACGGUUAUAAUUGGAAAUCUAUAAGAAACACACAUCCUCAAGCAGAUUGGACAAUUAGCAUUCCUAAUCAAAAAGAUGCAUUUAAAAAUGCAGAUAUAAAUGUUAUUAGAGGUCUACAAAAUAAGCAUAUUUUUAUAGGAUGUGGGGAUAACAAUAUCUAUGUUUAUGAUCUAGAAAGUAGGAAGUUGUUGAAAACUCUUUCCUGUCAUACUGACUACAUACAUUGUUUAUCAGACAUAGGAGCAGACUUUAUUUCUGGAAGUGAAGAUGGAGUGGUUAAUAUAUGGGACACUCGCAUAUACAAAGUUAUUCAUAGCAUUAAACCUCAUUUAGAUGAUAAAGUUGGAAGACCUGCGAUUGGAAAAUGGAUCGGUGCUGUUAGCUGUAACGACGAUUAUGUGCUUUGUGGGGGUGGUCCUCGAUUAUCAUUAUGGCACUAUCGCUUCCUAACCAAUUCAACAGUAUUUCCCAUAAACGAUAAGGGUAUUCAUGUAGCAGAAAUUCGAAAUGAAAAAAUUUUAGCUGGAGGAAGAUCGCGGUUAUUCUAUCAAAUGUCAUUUGUAGGCGAUAUUGUAGCCGAAAUCCCAGUGUCUCCGGUUACUGUAUACAGUGCUGUUUAUAAAGAAGAGCCUAAUAAAAUAUUGAGUUUAGCAGGUUCCAGUUCAAAAAUUGAUAUUUGCAGUAAUUUUAUGUACAGAAACCAACAGUUAUCUUUAUAUUAAGCGUUAAGGAUGGAAUAAUACAUUUUAUAUAAUCGAA